CCGGCUGGGCGGCGGGGGAGCCAUGGCGGGAUCCGCUGGAGCCUCCUCGGGCCUCCGGGCGGCCGGAGCGGAGGAGGGAGAGGCGCCCGAAGGCCGGCUUCCCUCCCGGCGGGGCGGCGAGGGGGCGCAGCUGUCGGCCUACGAGAGGAAGCGGCUGAGGAACAUCUCGGAGAACGCCCGCUUCUUCGCCUCGCUGCGGCUCUUCGAGUCAGCUGCCAGACUUCAUAAAAUGACCUUGAAAAGGAAGACACAAGGAAUAAAGAGUAGAGUUAAGUCUCCAAAGGCAGAAACUAAGACAACUUGUCGAAGAUCCAUGCGUUUGCAGAGAAUAGAUCCACUGGGCAUUCCCCUCCCGGAGCCAGAAGCAAAGGUGGAAUCUCCUGUGGAAGAGGAGCAUGCCCGAUUGCCACCUGGCCCUCAUCCAAUGGUUGCUACUGUUCAGGAGCCAGAAACUGACACAUUUCUCAGCAUUUGGGCAAAAAUAAGCCAGGUGGAAGAAAAGAAGAGUGAGAAGAGCUCGUGUAAUUUAGAAAGUUACAAAACUCAUCUCCGUGGGAUGGUCCUCAGAGAAGAACAUGUUGCAAAAGUGGUGAAAAGCCGGAUUUAUUCUGUGGCUGUCCAUCCAUCAGAAAGCAGAACUCUGGUGGCAGCUGGGGACAAGUGGGGGCAGAUUGGCGUCUGGGAUUUGGACUCCAGUUUAGAAAAUGGAGCCUACGUCUUCACACCUCACAGCCAGGCAGUCAGCUGUUUGCACUUUUCUCCCAUUAAUCCUGCUCAUCUUUUAUCUCUCAGUCACGAUGGCACAUUACGAUCUGGGGAUGUAACUCGAAGAAUUUUUGAGGAGAUAUACCGAAAUGAGAGCCACAGUCUUUCUUCAUUUGACUUCUUGGCAAGCGAUGCCUCUACUUUGGUUGUGGGAAUGUGGGAUGGAAAGGUAGCCAUAGUGGAUCGAAGAACACCAAUCCCAUCCCCCGAGAUCUCGGUUGAUCUUCAUUCAAAGACAAGGACGGUCCAUGUUCACCCCGUCCAUAGAGAGUACUUUGUUGCUGCUGGGGAAAGAAACGUCAGUAUUUACGAUGCUCGGCACCUGAAGAGCAGAAGCCAGCCAGUAGUUGUUCUCAGCGGACAUACCAAGAGUGUUGCUUCAGCUUAUUUUUCACCUGUGACUGGAAACAGAGUAGUGACAACUUGUGCUGAUGAUACACUGAGGAUCUUUGGAACUCAGUGUUUAUCAUCUUUAGCUCCUAUUCUCACAACUAUUCGGCACAACAACAACACAGGUCGAUGGCUGACCAGGUUCCGGGCAGUUUGGGACCCCAAACGGGACGACUGCUUUGUAGUGGGGAGCAUGACACGGCCGAGGCAGGUCCAGGCCUUUCAUGCCAGCGGGGAGCUGCUCCACUCCUUUCUGAGUGAGGAUUAUCUUAACUCUGUUUGUUCCAUCAAUUCCUGGCACCCCACCAGGUACCUGGUUGCAGGUGGGAAUUCCAGUGGCCGCCUGCACAUUUUUAAAGAGUGAAAGAUAUGCUGAAAACAAAUCAGAAUUUAGUGUUUAGUUUAGGUAUUCCUUAUUUUGCUUCAGGGCAAAGACAGCUACAGACCAAUAAAUACGUUGCAUCACAUAUCUGAAGAGGUCUUCCAUUGCGACUAAGUUGGAAAUUAAUAAGGCUCAGUUUGCCAUAUGGGAUUGUAACUUUUUGAACAGGUGGUGAGAAACUCUUGGUGUCAAUUUAAUCACUGUUGGUGUCAAUUUAAUCACAGAGGCUUAUAAAUCUGUCACAAACUGCAAUAGAUAAACCUCAUUUAGAAGUUAAGUGCUGGUACUUUUGUGAUAAGAAAUUUAAAUGUGUGUUCAAGAAUCAAUAAAAAGCAUAUUUUGAUAUUUUUAAUUCAAA